AUGAUAGCAGAGCUCGAGAACUUCUGGAUGGAAGAUGCUUCGCUAUUCGAUCAGGCCAGCUUUGACAAUCUUCGUACACACUUUGCUUCUUGGCUCAAAUCUCAGGAUACAAAAGAUGAACAAGGCGACAAGAUGUUGCCUUGCGUCCGUUUCUGGACCUUUCUUGUUAUCGAUGAAACGAACCUCAAAAUGAUAGCAGAUGCACCGGAUCCCAACAGCAACCUAGUCAAGGCGAGCGCUAAACGGGCGCCUAUGAUCAAGGUGGUCUCCGCUCAGCGCGACGAACGCAGGUUACCAGGCAGGACCAGACGAGGACCCCACAAUGGGGAAGAUGGCAAGAUGUUUCCUGGCUGGUUGAACAGCCGCAUCUUAUAUCUGCGAGAGCUGUGGGAGAAGGUGGAUGAGUAUAUGGCGUUGUAUGAGAUUUGUCCACAUGACUUCGAGGGCGAACCUCUCUGGGAACCAUGA